CACAAAGGCAGGUUUCGCAGAAACCCACGGCUCAUGAAACCCGGUUUAAUCCUUCGCUGCUUCGCGAGUGGGCUCCCUGGAUGGGUAACUUUCACUCCGCGGAUGACCUGGAUCCACUCUUGGACACCUUGGUCCUGAGAAAGGGCAAGGGCAUCCACAAAGCGGACCUCAUCCGCGCGCGAGGUGAACCGCUGCAAUCCAUCUAUCGCCUGCUUCGACCCCUAGGCCAAGGCGCCUUCGGGCUGGUGUACGACGCGCGGGAUCUACGCUCGGGGCAAGCGGUGGUUUGCAAGGUCAUUACCAAAGCAACUGCCCCGGACCACAACGCCAUCCGAAACGAGAUUGCGGUGCUGAAGGCCUUAGACCAUCCGCACAUCCUCCGUAUUUUUGAUCACUUCGAACAUGGAGGCCCUCACGAUCCGGCCUUCUACGUCAUUUGUGAAUCCUGCGCCGGAGGCGAUCUUCAACAGGAGAUCAGCCAAAGCCGUGCUGGCUUGCCAGUGUCGCAGGUGGCGCGGUACAUUCGCCAAGUGCUCCUCGCAGUGAACUACUGCCAUUCGCUGGUGAUUCCAGUGAUUCACCGCGACAUCAAGCCGGCCAACGUGAUGAAGAUCAAACCCGGCCCUUCGUCGGAUGUGAAGCUCAUCGACUUCGGCCUCGCCACCUUCAGCAAGGAGAGCCAGGGUGUGGCGCGCGUGGGCGGCACGCCGGAGUUCAUGGCGCCCGAGGUUUGGAGCGGCGUCUACGGCCGUCAGUGCGACUGCUGGUCCAUUGGAAUGAUGCUCUACUACCUGCUGGUGGCGCAGUUUCCGUUCCGGCCAUGCUCGGAGGUGGGCAUGUAUCCAAGGAUGUGGGAGAACUUCAUGCUGAGCUUCCCCAGCCGGCAAGGCUGGGGCUCCCGGAGUCUGCGCACCGCCCGAGACCUCAUUCGAAAGUUGCUCAUGAUGCGGCCGAAGCAGCGGCUCAGUGCUGGAAGUGCUUUGAAGUCUGAGUUCAUCAAGAAAUAUGGCCGGUCCUCUCACUUCGCGGGCUAUGCGAGCGCUGCCAUGGGCGAAAUGCUCAGGGGCUACCAGAACUUCAACGCCACACCGAAGCUGACGCACGGCCUGCGGACCUUCAGCCAAGUCCCCCGCGUGAUGCGCGUGGUCCUCCUGCUGACCGCCAGCAAGAUGGAUGCCCAGGAGCUGGCAAAGGUCCGGCAAGUCUUUGAUAGCAUUGAUUGUGAUCAUGAUGGUUUUAUUUCGUCCAACGACAUGCAGGACUUCCUCAAUGGGUGGAUGAGCCGCAUGGGCCGCCUUGCCCACUCGCUGAAGUCCUUCUCGCUGCCGAGCGCCAAGACCCAGGAUGCAAAGACCUUGCUGAAGUUGGCAGACCUUGACGAGGAUGGUUCGAUUGGCUUCUCCGAGUUCCUGGUGGCUUGGAUGUAUGCGAACCAGCCCUCGGGCGAGUCCUGCUUGAGGCAAGCCUUCCAAACGCUGAGUGGGCCCGAUGGCCGUGUCUCACGGUUAGAAGUGCGACAAGCCCUGGGCUCCAGGCAGAUGCAACAUCUUGAUCAACAACUUGCAGAGGACAUUGCGGCCAUCUUUCCAGAAGAACGGCUCACCUUCCAGCGCUUUCAGGAGUGCCUGCAGAAGCAUGAAGACUUGGGCCCCAGCAGCUCAGUGCAGCUGGCACUACGGCUGCGCCAUGGCCAGGCGCGUGGCACCUGGGCCACUGGUGAUGGUGAGGAGGAUAACGACUCGGAUCUGGAUGAGAGGCCGGAAGAGAGCAUCUACAGCGAUACCGGCAUGCAUUGGAGAUGGCGAUUGGGGCGACGACCACUUUCAGUGUCGGAUCAUGUCAUCGACCAGCUGGUCGAUUUAAUCUUCUUCCACGGGACCUCGCCAGGUGCUUGUUGCCGAGUGAUUGGUUGUGCCCAAGCGCCGACUCCCGGCUACACCGAUGAGCUGGUGAUCACCCCUCGCUGAGUGGCCGCGCGGGCAAGCCGUGGCAAGUCGGCCCAGGACCAUCGGCCUUUACCAGGACCAUCCUGUCUGGGUGUCCGGGCGAC